AGUAGUACACAACAAGUGUCAAUGGGUGAUAAUUGGGCCAAAUUGGCUCGCUAGCUGGGCCUUUUCGAGUGGUCUGCAACAGCAAUUAGAAAAGCCCAAAUUAAACAGACCCUUCCCCUUCAUUCCGUUCAAGUUGCAGCAGCACCGCCGCCCGCCCGUGACUGAGGCCGCCGCAGCACAGAGAUUGAGCGAGAGAGAGAGAGACAACAAUGGGGAAGAAAACGAAAAAGCCAGGGAAAGGCAAAGAGAAAACUGAGAGGAAAACAGCCAAAGCCGAUGAAAAGAGAGCGAAAAGAGAAUCGAAGAAACUCUCUCCAGAAGACGACAUUGAUGCUAUCCUGUUGAGCAUACAGAAGGAGGAGGCUAAGAAAAAGGAAGUCACUGUGGAAGACAAUGUGCCUGCACCUUCCCCCCGCUCUAAUUGUUCGUUGAAUAUUAAUCCGUUAAAGGAGACAGAACUGAUACUCUAUGGAGGCGAAUUUUAUAAUGGAAGCAAGACAUUUGUGUAUGGUGAUCUCUAUCGUUAUGAUGUGGAAAAGAAAGAGUGGAAAUUGGUCUCAAGCCCUAAUAGUCCGCCGCCUCGUAGCGCACACCAAGCGGUUGCUUGGAAGAAUUACCUCUACAUUUUUGGUGGUGAAUUUACUUCACCCAAUCAAGAGCGAUUCCAUCAUUACAAGGACUUUUGGGUAUUGGACUUGAAAACAAAUCAAUGGGAACAAUUAAAUUAUAAAGGUUCUCCAAGUCCACGCUCUGGUCAUAGGAUGGUUUUAUACAAGCACAAGAUUAUAGUUUUUGGAGGAUUCUACGACACACUUAGAGAAGUGAGGUAUUACAAUGAUUUGCACGUCUUUGAUUUGGAUCAGUUUAAGUGGCAAGAAAUAAAGGGUACACCUGGAUGCAUGUGGCCAAGUGCUAGAAGUGGCUUCCAGCUGUUUGUUCAUCUAGAUGAGAUAUACUUAUAUGGAGGCUAUUCCAAAGAAAUUUCACCUGACAAGAGUGGCUCAGAAAAGGGGGUUGUUCAUUCGGAUAUGUGGUCCCUUGAUCCUAGGACUUGGGAAUGGAAUAAGGUGAAAAAGAGUGGAAUGCCACCUGGGCCUCGUGCUGGUUUCUCUAUGUGUAUCCAUAAAAAGCGAGCCAUACUGUUUGGAGGAGUUGUUGACAUGGACAUGGAAGGAGACGUGAUGAUGAGCUUGUUCUUAAAUGAACUUUAUGGCUUCCAAGUUGAUAGUCAUCGCUGGUAUCCAUUGGAGCUGAGGAAAGAAAAAUCUUCAAAGGAAAAGUUGAAAAGAACAGUCAAUGAGAAAUCUCAACAUAUGGACCUUGACAGUAAGCCAACUACCAUGCAUGGGGAACAUCCUGUUUCUGAUGAUGAAUACGAGGACUGUGCUUAUGAUGAAGAAGCCGUGGAAGGGAAUCUUGAUAAGAUCUCUUCAAAAAUGAAAACAAAUGUGACUAUUGAUGAACAAAAGGUGGAACCUAGACCUGAGGAAAAAGCUCUAGCAUCUGUCUCCAAAUCAGCUGUGCAAGGCUCAAUUUCAUCGGAGGUUGUGAAACCUUGUGGGCGCAUAAAUUCAUGUGUAGCCGUAGCUAGAGAUACUUUGUAUGUCUAUGGGGGCAUGAUGGAAGUCAGGGAUCGAGAAGUUACACUUGAUGAUUUAUAUACACUUAACCUGAGCAAACUUGAUGAGUGGAAGUGCAUCAUACCGGCUUCUGAGCCGGAGUGGGUCGAAGUAUCUGAUGAUGAAGACGAUGAAGACGGAGAUGAAGAUGACAAUGGCGAAGAAGGGGAGAGUGGAGACGAUAGUGCUGAUGACUCUGGUGAAGAUGACAGUGCAGAGGCUGGUACUGAUGGUUCAAUAUCAAUCAAAAUGGGAGAUGCUGUUGCUAUAAUGAAAGGUGAAGGAAAAAGUCUUAGAAGGAAGGAGAAACGGGCCAGAAUUGAACAAAUUAGGGCGCAUCUUGGUCUCUCUGAUGCUCAGAGAACACCAGUGGCUGGAGAGUCAUUGCGAGACUUCUACAAACGCACGAACACUUACUGGCAAAUGGCAGCAUAUGAACACACACAACACACCGGAAAGGAGCUGCGCAAGGAUGGCUUCGAUCUUGCUGAAUCUCGGUACAAGGAGCUCAAGCCAAUCCUCGACGAGCUGGCCAUCCUUGAAGCAGAGCAGAAGGCUGAAGAACAAGCUCCUGAAACCAGCAGUUCUAAAAAGAGAGGUGGAAACAAGAAAAACAAACAUAUGGGAUCGUAGACUCAGACCAUCACCAGAUCACAAGUCACAGUUGAUGCAGCCGCUCCAGGAAACUGAUCGAUCUACUGGGAUUUUCUGCAUGCUGCCCCACAUACAUGACUGGGGCCCGCGAGCCUACAUUCGCGGAAUCGGAUUGCUAAUUACUCCCUCCGUCCCAAAUUAUAAUGCCUGUUUACUAUUCACAGGGUCAAACUUCAUUCACUUUCUUUCUCUAUUUUCGUUAGCAAUUUGAUAAAAUAAAAUAUUAUUGUCACUACUAAUUUUCUAGAUCUUUUGAUGUAGUUUUUUAAUAUGUAAUUUUUAUUUUUUAAUUCUAUGCCAUUUGUCAUAUAAAAUGGUUUGAAAAUAAUUUCAGUCAAACAUCGUAAACCGAAACAUGCGCUAUAAAAUGGGACGGAGGUAGUACUUUUUAUACCUGAGGAUUGGAGGCAUCAUGGAUAGUGCUGGCAUGGAAAGUGAUCUCUUCAGAUUGAUAUGUAGGGGAGAACUUGUCUGGAAUCAGGGGACAAAUUUUAAUGUUUGAUUGUAUUGACUUGAUUUUUUUGGAUGUUCAUUUAAGAAAAGAUGAAGUUCAUU